AUGCCUCCGAAACAAAACAGAACAGUCACUGGGCCAUCUCGCGCACUGAUUGCACGCAUCCAGCACCUCAAAUCCCUCCUUUCUGGCCUUCCAAAUUCCUUGCCCGAGAGUCUUCCCGAGUCUCCAUAUCACUUCUAUUUCGACGCAGAAAGGCUCGAUGAUAGAGGAUACUUCGGAGAAGUCAGCCAUCUAAUUGAAAUCUCGUUUGAGACCCACAAGCUGCCUCAAGGUGGUCCAAUCCUGUUCCGCCAGCGAGGAGCAUGUCUAGCGCCCCUCAUCUCCGUCCUCAAGACAGCAGUCAAGUGGAUGACUGAAGAUGAACGCACAAGUUUCCAGAGCGCAUGGCUGGAGAGGCUGAUCAACGGUGCGAUUGCUUCUGGAGCCAAGAUACCAGCAGGCGUGACAGCCACAAAACGAGGCGCAGAACACCUGACUGAUGACGCUGAAGAGUCUCAGUUCAAUUCGGAGAAUGCGGAAGAGGAUGAUGUGAACGAGAUUACUAUUGUUGAAAAGCCACCGCCGCCAAAGAAGAUUCGGCGUGUCGGAACAGGUUCCUUGAAGGAGAAGAAUCCUUUCACAAUUGCAGCCGGACCCCCUAAAAGACAACCAACGAUUCCUCUAUUUCUCAGUGACGCAGCAGCCACCCGUGCUCCCAGUCAGUCUUCUGGAGUAGUGACAAAGAAAACCGGAACUCUCGAGAGUUUUGCUUUCAAACCCGCUGCAUCUGCCGAAGAUAUUGCUCGAUAUUGGGCGAAGGCUCGUGUUGACACAGAAGAGAAGCGAAAAAUAGCAGCAGAGGAAGCUAAACGUGUUGAGGAAGCAAAAGCAGAGCGUGCUCGGGAGCAGAACCGCGAGCGACAGAGGCUCUUUCGAGAGCGCGAGAAAAAGAAGAAGGAGGCCGCCGCUGCCGCUGCCGCCACCGCUGCCACACCAACCAUAAACGAUGUGUUGAUGGAUGUUCCUGGAAGCAGCUCAGCUCAGGCUGACCCUGCGAUAUCAAGUGUUGCAGAGAUUUUGCGAGCCGCUACCAGUGAUUGGAAACUGAGGAGAAAUGGCACCAAGCACGGCGUGGUGAAGAAUCAAGUCUCGAAGCGAGUCUUUUGGCAGCAUCCGUUCCUCUGGGUCCUGAUUGCCUAUGCGGUCCGGGUAAAUUUGUGGUCAGCAGAAGCAGCAGCAAAAUAUCUCCGAGCAAAAUAUCCGUCCCUUUUUGAUGCCCCCAGCAACCGGAUUCAUCGAGGCACCAUCCACCGGUGGAUUGUUCAGGGCGAAAAGCGAUUCACCGCAAAUGUUCUUGCUCGAGUCAAGGCUGAGCGGACACUUGCAGGCAGCGGACGAGUUGGAGUUCUGACGCCUCACCGGGAGGUAGUCCAAAAGAUUGUGGAUACUCUUCGAGGUCUGCGACUGGCAGGAUGCGCCGUUAACAUUGUGAUUGCUCGUUCUAUCAUGAUGGCCAUCAUGACCGAGAUGAAGCCGGAAAUCUUAACAUCUCGAUUCCACUGCUCCGAGAGAUUUGUGCGGUCCUUCCUUGAAAGCACCCUCGACUGGUCAACCCGAGCUGCCACCCGGGCAGCAAAACAUAUCCCGGAUAAUGCAUCAGAGCUUUGUGAGCGCACAUUCUUCCGUCUGGUUCAUGCCAUCGAGUCUGAGCACAUCCCCGCUAAGCUCAUCAUCAAUUAUGAUCAGACCGGGAUGUACCUGCUGCCGAAUAACAGCCAGACAUUUGAGCAAAGGGGUGCGAAGCAGGUCUCUGUUGUGGCGAAGGACGAAAAACGGGCCUAUACACUUGGAAUUGCAACUGCUUGUGAUGGAUCUAUCCUUCCACUCGAGCAGGUAUGGGGCGGGGCUACCAAUCGUUCUCUCCCGAAGGCCACUGCCGACGGGUUUGCUGAUGGCAAGACUCGAGGAUUCCAUUUUACAUUUGCUGCUAGUGACAAGCGCACCAGCCACUUCAGCACCAUCAAAACUAUGAAGGAAUUGUUCAAGCAGAUCUUCCAGUCUUAUGUGGAUUCUGUCAUCGCGGCAGAUGACGAUCUGGAUGAGGAUCAAAAGUGGAUUGUGUAUUAUGACAUUUAUCCUGUCCAUACAUCCACUGAGCUUCGAGAGUUCCUUCAUCAGCAGUUCCCAAACCUUAUCCUCAUCUACGUCCCGGGAAACUGCACGGGAUUGCUCCAGCCUCAAGAUGUUGGUAUUCAGCGUGUUGCCAAACACAAGCUACGACAAGGACUCAUGGAGUUCCUUGUCCGAGCUUACCAAUCCCAGAGUGCAGCAGGCAUCAAGCCCGAGGACGUCAAAUUCUCCUCUUCAUUGCCCGUGCUUCGUGAUGCCUCUGUUCGUCCUUGCGUUGAUCUUUAUGAUUGGUUCAAGACAUCUGCCGGACACGAUCUUAUCAAACAAGCAUGGGCCAAGUGCAUCGUUCCAGAGAAGACCUACAACUUAUCAUAUGAGACUUUGACAAGUCGCACCUCUCGCAAGGCACUCCGUGAAUAUCUCAAGACAGAUCGUAUUCUUGCGGAGGAAAUCAAAGCUCGUUGUGGAUCUGUCAAUCUGCCUCUGCUUCCCAAUGAUCUUCCCGCCAACCGACAAGAUGUUCCAGAGGGCGAUCUUGAUGCUGAUGGCCAUGGAGAUGGCAUCUCAGAUGAUGCCGACGUUCCUGUUGAAGCUGUCAUUCAACAUGUAUUCUCGGAUUCUGAGCCCAAGGCCAGUGACGGCGACGAAGGAACUACUACAUUGAGUUCUAACCGGGAUGAGGAGAACAUUUGGGCCUACAACGACAAGGGAGAGAAGUGGGCAGUAGCGGGACCACCUACAGAAGAGGAUUCGAGCGAGUAG